UCUACACAUGCCUUCACUCCCUCUCUCUCUCUACUUUCUCUUUCUAGAACAAGCCAUGGCUCGGAACCCUGCGCUCGCUUUUGCAUUUCUGUUUUUCAUAGUGUCCGGCGUCGGAGCUCAGUCUCCGGCUUCUUCUCCGACCAAAACUCCGGCGGCUAUAGUGACUCCUUCCUCACCUCCUGCGACGGCGCCUUCGAAGCCUACAUCUCCGGCUCUAGUGAAGACGCCUUCGAAGCCUAAAUCUCCAACUCCUGUGACGGCUCCAACUUCAGCCCCGCCUACAGCGAUCUCAGUUCCUCCAGCUACGGCUCCGACGACACCAACUGUUCCAGCUCCUGUAUCAUCUCCGCCAGCCAAGACACCAGUGAGCUCACCACCGGCUCCGGUUCCGAUAAGCUCAUUUGCUACGGCUCCGGUCACCACGCCAGCUGUUUCUCCGGCCACCGCGCCAGCUGUUGCUCCUCCGGUGCCGGCUUCUUCUCCUCCGGCUGUGGCUGUUCCAUCGCCGGCUCCGAGCAAGAAGAAGACUAAGAAGAAGCACAAUGCACCUUCGCUGGCACCAUCUUCAGAGAUGCUCAGCCCUCCUGCACCGCUGAGCGAAGCCCCUGGUCCAAGUUCUGACUCGAUCUCGCCCGGUCCAGCUCUCGCAGAUCAGAGUGGGACAGAGAAGUUGAAGUGCAUGCAGAUGGUGGUUGGAAGCUUGGUGUUGGGAUGGGCUGCCUUCUGUUGGUUGUUCUAGACUAGUCUUGGUUACUACCGUC